CUUAGCAGCAAGAUAUAAGAGCUUUGGUCACGAGAAAUGGAGGGAAUAGAACACACAAGAGUGGAAGUGAAUGGCAUCAACAUGCAUGUUGCAGUGAAAGGGCAAGGCCCGGUCGUGCUCUUCCUCCACGGCUUCCCAGAGCUCUGGUACUCCUGGCGCCACCAGAUUCUCGCUCUCAGUCACAAAGGGUACCGCUGCGUGGCCCCCGAUCUCCGCGGCUUUGGCGACACCGAUGCUCCUGCUUCCGUGGACAGCUAUAAUUGUGUCCACGUUGUGAGUGACCUUGUUGCACUUAUUCAGUCUCUUCAAGUCGAGAAAGUGUUCUUAGUGGCUCAUGAUUGGGGUGCAAUCAUCGGUUGGUACCUCUGCUUGUUUCGUCCUGAACUAGUCAAAGCUUAUGUAUGCCUCAGUGUACCUUUCUUCCGAAGAAACCCCACUGUUCCCACCGUUGACUCCAUGCGUGCUCUCUAUGGAGAUGACUACUAUAUAUGCAGAUUUCAGGAAGAAGGGAAAGUGGAAGCUGAUAUGGCUCAAGUUGGGGCUGAGUAUGCCAUCAAGAACAUGCUUACAAAUCGCAGGAAAGGUCCUCCAAUAUUCCCUAAGGGAGAGUAUGGAACCGCUUUCAAUCCUGAUAUGAAACAAGACUUGCCUUCCUGGCUCACUCAACAAGAUCUUGCUUAUUUUGUCUCCAAAUUCGAAAAGACAGGUUUCACCGGAGGAUUGAAUUACUAUAGGAAUUUUAACAAGAACUGGGAGCUGACGGCACCAUGGAGUGGAGCGAAGAUCAAAGUGCCGGUGAAAUUCAUAGCAGGUGAGUUGGACUCGGUAUACACAUCGUUAGGGAUGGAAGAUUAUAUUGAGAGUGGAGGUUUCAAGGAAGAUGUGCCAGGCUUGGAGGAAGUCAUUAUUCAACCAGGAGUAGCUCACUUCAACAAUCAGGAGACGCCACAUGAUAUCACUAAUCACAUUUACAACUUCAUUACCAAGUUCUGAUUCUACUUAAUUAUUACCCACUACUAUUUGGUUCUGUUUUAGCGUUUUACCAUAGGAAGCCAUAUAUAUAAGAAUAAGGCUACUCGUCCUACCUGCUCUCUGGAAUGUAUAUCUCUCUUUAAUUUUCACUUCUAUAUCUUAUCCUAGAAUUUGCUUUUAAAGUCCUCUUAAACUGAAUAAUGAACCUAUUUUUCA